GCGACGGCCACCCCACCUUCUCCAUUGCUCUCCCCCUCCCCCCCUCCAAAACCGAAAGCGCGGGCCGGCCGCUCCUCUACGCGUCCCGCAGCUGGUAGAGUGUGCGGGCGCGCGCUCCACACUGGCUCUCCGGCCGAGGCUGCUCAAGCGGCCUUAUGGCCCGGGGGGGAAGGUCUGGAGCAGGCGCUCUGUGCUCCCUCUGUCGCCGCCGCUGCUGCUCCUGCUGGUGCUGCAGCCGUGCGCGGGCGACCACUGCAGCUGGAAGGGCAGUGGUUUGAAUUGGGAACCACAUUCCCGUGCAGUGGAACAGGUCCACCUCCGCUGUACUGAAGGCUUCCUGGAAUGGAUGUAUCCGACACGAGCCCUCCGUGUCAUCUUGGAGCCCAACCUCUCAAGUACCCAACACACCACUGUCUGCAUCAAACCUUCCCACAAUUUUCAAGGUGCCAACCUCUAUGUGGAGAAUGGAGAACAGUUGCGCCUGCUGGUGGGCGAGGCUGAAGAGUCACGGCAGCACCAAGUCUCAUGCUUUAGCAGCCACACCCCUCAGCGAGUGGCCCUCUUCUUACAGGCCACUCCUCAGAAGGACAUCAGCCGCAAGACUGCCAGCUUCCAGUAUGAACUGCUUAGCAACCGGAGUGCCACAAGUCCAGACUUCCAGAAAGUGGCCCUUGUGGAAGUUAUGUGCCGUCCUUGUGAUAACAUGGAGCUUCUCAUGGCCAUUUGCAGCAGUGAUUUUGUGGUGAGAGGAACAAUCCAAAACAUUAGCCAUGAUUCAGAAAAUCAUGUGACUCAGGUUGACGUUAGCGUGGACAGAGUCUACAGGCAGAAAAACCGGAUCUUCCAGCCAGAAGAAACCACGGGCGAGUGGCGAGGACCCAUCAAGACCCUCCUGCAGUGUAGGGUGAAGAAAGGUGCUGGGGAUUUCCUCUUCAUAGGCAAUGAGCACUUUGGCGAAGGGUGGUUGGGCUGCGCCCCAAGAUUUAAAGACUUCUGUGCUGUCUAUCAAACUGCCAGAGAGAGAGGAGCAAAUCCUUGUGAAUUUCAGCGUGACUGAUGCCUGCCAACCUUGAUCAAGAUAACUGGUUUCAGAACAGUUUGUGUGUAUAGAGGAAUGGUCCCAAUUAUUGACAUAGAUGGAGCACUAAAAGAAAUGUGCGUGGGUGCCAGGGAGACUUAGCUUCAAGUCUUCCUCUGUCAUGGAAUUAAUGUGGUAUCUUGGGUUAAUUGGCUUCAUCUCAUUUCAGUUCCCCUUCUGUAAAAUCAGAAGAGCAAUGACCUACCUCACAGGGUUGUUGUGAGGGCAAACAAUACAUGGAAAGCACUUUGCUAAUAAAAA